AUGGAAUCAAUAGGAGUGAGGAAAUCAAGAAGGAGAUUGGAAGAUGGUUCGCCAUGUCCUCACGUUCAGCUUGUGUUCCGGCUGUCUUCUUUGUUAGGAGUAGCAAGUGGCCUAAAUAUAGUUUUCUUGUACCAUUUCAUAGUUCUCACAAGUUACACCCUCAUGUGCUCUCAGAUCAUAGCUAUUGGAUGCCACAUCCUCAGCCGCUACGAUCUGGUCGUGCACACCCUCGCCCAGCUGAAGAACACACAGCACAACAUCAAUAAUAAAGUGGAGACCCUUCUAGUUGUUAACCAUCAGCUGUCCAGGGUUCUUAUUAUAGAUUAUACAGUUACUAAACUCAUUAGUUCUAGGCAUUACGUCUUGAAGCUGUUUGGAAACGCUCUUCUUCACCAUCUUUCUUAUGCGUCUCCUCAAUGUGCCCUUUCCACACUCUGCACUGAAGUUCCAAAGGCUUUAAGACUACGUGGCCCAAACUAA